ACCAUUAUUUUUAAUUGAUGGGUAAUCCUUCCUCUUAUUGUACUCUGAGUCUGGAGGGUUGCGGUGUCUGAUGAAAUAGUGCACAUGGAUGUCAUAGACGCGGGGCGAGGGAAAUGGUUGAAUCUUAAUUCAGGUGACAAGCCGUUUUGGAGGGAUAGAUUUGUAUGUAUCCCACAUAACACAAUUUCGCCUGAUUUAUAAAGCAUUUUGAUGAAUCUCAAAAAUUACGUAGACUAUUACCCUAUUUUGUGUAACAUAGGGGGCAUCAUGUGUUCAUGUAGGCUAUUGGUUUAAAUGAGGUAAAAUGGCCUGAAUUCAUUUUUAGUUAGGCCACCGUUGCCCACCAUUAAUUGUACAAUCUAGUUUAUUAUUGGACAAAGGAACAGACCAGCCAACGCUAUUUCCUUAAACAACCCUGUUAUUGUUUCACAUACUUGUUAUGCGAUUUAUGGUGGGCUAUUAAGUUAGGCCUAUGAAUAUUUUUGAUGAGCUUUUUGGGGAAAUAUUAGUGGAAUCUAAUCCUAGAGGUGUAAAGAAAAUCUAUUAAUCACUGAAGCCGCGCAGGGGAGCGCCGAUAGGCUGUCGCCGUCGCUCUGCAGAACCAGAACAUUGUUUUGGUAACUGACUGUGGCUUGAUUUAUGAACCUCUUUUUAUGUAUGUGCAUGUGAAAUAUAUAUGUGUGUCUUGCUUAUGCCUGGACAAACCAAACAGAGAUGGCGUCUAAGUUUUGAUUGAGCUCUCCGGGUCGUGUGGAAAACGAAUGUUUGGGUUCGUAUGCAAAUCGCCUCGUGCAUUGCGUCGGGGAUCAAUUAUUUAGGCGCGCGGAUACGCGAUCUUCCAGAGCACACCCACUAUUCUUGAGGAUUUUCCACCUGUCACUGCAUUUGGACCCAUGUGAGAUAUCAACAUAUGUUUCGAUAUUCUAGGUAGAUUUAAGACAUCUGGUGACAAUGAAGAAUUAAACCAAGGCACCAACACUUCAUCUUUUUCAUUGAAACUUCGCUAAGUUUAAAACAUUGCCUUACUUUGACUGGAAUCCUGCAUCUAUCAAGUGACCAUUGCACCCCACACCUUCAACCACCAAAAAGACAUUACGCCUCCCACCCCUGCCUUGGUUUGUUUAUCAAAUGCCCAAAAACAGCAAGGCCGUCAAGAGAGAGCUUGACGAUGAUGUUACUGAGUCAGUCAAAGACCUGCUUUCCAACGAGGACACUUGUGACGACUCCUUCAAGAAGAGCUCACUGAUUGUCAAUGAUGUCUCUGAGGACAAGGACAAGGACAAAGAUGUUGAAGAGGCCUCCGAUGAUGCUGAGGAGGUGAGGCCUGCUUGGAACAGCAAGCUUCAGUACAUCCUGGCUCAGGUUGGCUUCUCUGUUGGUCUGGGAAAUGUGUGGAGGUUCCCCUACCUGUGUCAGAAGAAUGGUGGAGGGGCCUACCUGGUACCGUAUUUCAUCCUGCUGGUACUGAUUGGGAUCCCGCUGUUCUUUCUGGAGCUGGCCGUGGGUCAGCGCAUCCGCCGCGGCAGCAUCGGAGUCUGGAACUACAUCAGUCCCCGCCUGGGUGGCAUCGGCUUCGCCAGCUGUGUGGUGUGCUUUUUCGUGGCCCUCUACUACAAUGUCAUCAUUGGCUGGAGCCUGUUCUACUUCUCGCAGUCCUUCCAGCAGCCUCUGCCCUGGAACGAGUGCCCACUGGUGAAGACCAGGAACACCACCUAUGUGGUGCCCGAGUGUGAGAAGAGCUCAGCCACCACCUACUACUGGUACCGCGAGGCCCUCGACAUCUCCAACAACAUUUCGGAGAGUGGCGGUCUCAACUGGAAGAUGACAGUGUGCUUGCUGGUUGCCUGGACCAUGGUGUGCCUGGCUAUGAUAAAGGGCAUUCAGUCUUCUGGGAAGAUCAUGUACUUCAGCUCCCUGUUUCCUUACGUGGUCCUGAUCUGUUUCCUGGUGAGAGCCCUCCUCCUUGAAGGUUCAGUCGAUGGCAUCCGUCACAUGUUCACACCCAAGUUAGAGAUCAUGCUGGAGCCGAAGGUGUGGCGUGAGGCGGCCACGCAGGUCUUCUUCGCCCUUGGCCUGGGCUUCGGAGGCGUCAUCGCCUUCUCCAGCUACAACAAGCGCGACAACAACUGCCACCUGGACGCCGUGCUGGUGUCCUUCAUCAACUUCUUCACCUCCGUGCUGGCCACGCUGGUGGUGUUCGCCGUGCUCGGCUUCAAGGCCAACGUCAUGAACGCCAAGUGUGUUGCCGAAAACACCAAGAAGAUUGAGGGUUUCCUGGGUAACGGGAUCAGUCGUGACCUGAUCCCUCAUCACAUCAACUUCAGCAGCAGUGUGAGCGCCCAGGACUACACCCAGAUGACCGAGAUCCUGCGGGGGGUGAUGGAGAAGGACUACUCAAGCCUGGGCCUGGACACCUGCAGCAUUGAGGACGAGCUCAACAAGGCAGUGCAGGGAACAGGGCUGGCCUUCAUUGCCUUUACAGAGGCCAUGACUCAUUUCCCAGCCUCUCCCUUCUGGUCGGUCAUGUUCUUCCUCAUGCUGGUGAACCUGGGUCUGGGCAGCAUGUUUGGCACCAUUGAGGGCAUCAUCACACCCAUCGUGGACACCUUCAAAGUGCGCAAGGAGUUCCUCACUGUGGGCUGUUGUCUGCUGGCAUUCAGCUUUGGCCUGCUUUUCGUCCAGCGCUCAGGAAACUACUUUGUGGCCAUGUUUGAUGACUACUCAGCCACACUGCCCCUCCUCAUAGUCGUCAUCCUGGAGAAUAUUGCUGUGGCCUGGGUCUAUGGCACAGACAAGUUCUUUGAGGACCUGAAGGACAUGCUGGGGUUCUCGCCCUCGCGGUACUACUACUACAUGUGGAAGUAUGUGACCCCAGUGCUGCUGCUGACGCUGCUGGGCACCAGCAUCAUCCAGCUGGGCAUGACACCCCCCAGCUACAGCGCCUGGAUCAAAGAGGAGGCUAAAGAGGUGUCCCUCAGCUACCCACCGUGGGGUCUGGCCGUGUGUGUCUCUCUUGUGGUGAUGGCUGUGCUGCCCGUGCCCGUGAUCUUCCUGCUGCGCUACUUCAACAUCAUGGACGACAGCGCCGCGGGCCUGUCCGCCGUCUCCUACCGCAAGGCCCGCAUCAUCAAGGAGAGCGUCCGGCGCGAAGAGGACGACGACGACGACGCCAGCCUCCUCAACGCCAAGACCCCCAGCCAGGCGCCCUCGCCCAUGCCCCCCAACAGCAUCUACCGCAAGCAGAGCGGAUGCCCGCUGCCCGAUGUCAACACGGCCCCUAAUGGACGCUACGGCAUCGGCUACCUCAUGGCCGACAUGCCUGACAUGCCUGAGUCUGACCUGUAGAGGGCGGUAGUGUUUCACCUUAACCUGUGGAUCAUGUCCCUCCCGCGUUACCUUAUCACAACAUUCCUUUGCAAAGUUACACACAUCCUGAUACACUUCAACUCUUGUAAAAAAAAAAAAGAACAUUGUCUUACAUAAUACCUUUUAUUCAUGUCCACAUACAGCACAACACCUCCCCCCCCCCCCCCCACACACACACACAUACACACUCACUACCCUGGCUUAACAGCAAUCACCAAAACAGUAUCAUAUCCCUCCUCCUCCACCUCCCACAACUCAGAGAGUACCCCCGCUCUCUCAAACACAAACACAAAAACACAUCACCCUCUCCCCAUUCUCAGCAGCUAGAUUUGGCAACUCCCUCAGCAAUCCAGCCCCAACCACCUACAUUUAACGUCAGCAAAGGUACUCUUGACCUUGACUCUUCACCUGCGUCAGCUUCUGACAUCACCUUUGCUUGGCAUCUCCACUGGCUGUGCAUUUCAUUGCGUUUGGGGAAACGUCUGUGUAUUUCAACUUGUAUAUAUUCUAUGUGCGUAUGGCUGUAGAUAGGUUAACGCCCCACUUUCUGAUAUGACCGUAGGGGUGUGCCAUAGAAUGGCAGGACAUGUACCGAUCACGUCACGGGUCAGUGCAGUAACUGUCCACCAACCCAUGAUUGUUAGAAGCAGCAUAGCCGCUUUUUCUCCAGUGAGCCUAGAAAGUACUGAUUUAUGUUUAAGGCACAAUUACAGACUUAUUUCGCAUGAGAAUGAGACUAAAAACAACCAGCUUCAUUUUCAAGUUAAAGGACAACGAAAGGGACAAGGAAAUGAAAAUGUAGCUUGCUUUGUUGCUGGUAGUGUCAAAUCCUAGUGACAUUUAGUAAGACUACCAACCUAUCAAGCAAGCAAACGGCCAAGUCUGCAGUCCUACACGUCCCUUGGGCCUCUUUGAGUAUUGAGUAUUGCCACACCAGUAUUUGUUUGCUUUAUCUGCACUUGCUUUUUUUAUUUGUUUUGCAACUCCAGUCUGUAAUGAGAAUUGGCUCCAAACCACUUUGAAAUUGAUUGAAUCAGCUUAUAGACUCAGAGGGAAAAUCUGAGCUUGCACUAUUUGACUUGCCAGUGUGAGGCUGAAGUAGAGGAAGUGAAUCCUUCUCUCUUUAUGCAUCUUGUGAUGAAAAGGAUCCAUCCGUACAUAUCUGCUUCGGGCCCUUCAGCAGUCGCCAUGCUGUAGCUGGACCUCAAAUGAAAGUCCUUCCUCCUCAUCUUCACAAACUCCUCCCCAUAACUCGCUGAUUGGAUCAUCAUGAAAAUGGCUGACAAUACUGUUCUAAAAGGAGUCUCUACACCAUAAUCCCAACAGUAAGAGUUGAGAUGUAGCCUGGCAUUUAGACAAACUUCUCUAAUUGAAAGAGAUGGUUUAUUUGAGUCACUUGCCAGAUCUCUGUCUUUCUCAUGAAUUAAGUUACCCGUUGUGCUUUUAAACACGCAAUCGGACUUGUCUCUAGUGGGUUCACCACGUAGCACGACAGUGAAUGGAAGGCAUAAACACCACAAAUGAUUGUUCUAAGCAAAAUGUGUGCCUAAUUUCUGAUAUUUCUUAAUAGACUACAAGGUGGAUGUUGUAUAUUUACAGUACUCUGUAAAUUAUAUAUAUGUAUAUUAUAAAUAUAUUUGACUUAAGUUUCGAUAUCAGAACAUGUUUUUGGUAAGUGCUGAAAAUCCAAAACUCUGGUCUCUUUUUGUCCCAUCUGUCUUUUGUGUCCACUGAUGUGCAAUCAUCAGAAGUUCCAGAAAUCUUUUUCUUUUGUACAUAUUGUAUUUUUCCAUGAAACUGCUUUGACGCGCAAUGUCUUUCUUUCUCCUUGCAUUGAGAUUAAAAAUUCCAUAACUGAUCCAUAA